AUCCAUGUAUAUGUGAUCAAACAAGUGAAGGAAUAGGUCACUGAUGGUUUGUUCCCGCAGCGAAAAGAGUUCAGUACCGUUUAAUUUACCCGAGAAUUAUGAGUAUUAGUGCCCUUUUGGCCUUAAGUAAUUCCGAAAGCAGUAAGGAAGACUUUUUAGAAGCCAUGCCCGCCUUAAGUUCAAGUUGCUCUUCCGAGGUGGAGGCCGUGCCCCAGUACUGUAUAACGUUGGGCGCAGGGCCUCAGUCUUGGUCCGAUGGCCCCCACACCGCCUUCACAAUUGUGUCGCCGUCACUCAGCACAGAGGGCAGCGGCGUGGGGAAACCAAAGGAGCUCUCUGUGAGCGCACUGCGUAACUGCAAUGUUGUGCAGGAGAAUGAGUUAUUAAAAGCAGCAAGGUCACUGGAGUCACUGCGUUUGACGUUUGUGCUCCAGUUGACUGAGAGUAGCCAGGUGCUAUGGGAAACAGUGCUGUGGCAGGGACGGCUGUACAUCCAGCUGCCGUCGUGCCUGCUGCCAGAAGGAUCAAAGGAGGGCUUUGUCUCUUUGUUGGAGUAUGCUGAAGAAGUACUGAAGUGCAGUCAUGUCAUCUUGUGCUUCAAGAAAGAUCGAUCCGACAGAGCCCUUCUUGUGCGUACCUUCAUGUUCCUGGGAUUUGCUCCCCUAGCUCCUGGUAAUACUCUUGUGCCGCGUAAAGCAGAUCCAGGCAACCUCUACAUGCUCUACACUAUCGAGUAAUUGUUCAUAAAUAGCCAUGCCUUGCCACAGACAAAUUUUGCACUUUUUCCCUUAUCAUUGCUACAAAACAUGUUCUGAGUUUUGAAUAUUACUUUCUGAUAGUUUACUCAAAUUUAAAAGUGGUAUGUGAAACUAAAAGAGUUAACUGUUCAAUUCCAUGCCAUUUUAAUUUAUGACAAAUUUGCUGUGAUGGCGAUGAAACAAACUAGCAUCUCAUUUUGCUUAGGUAUAUAUCUGUAUUGGCUUAAAAUAUUUAUAUGCUUUAGAUAUUUCAUAUAGAUGUCGCACAUAUGUUUCUAUGGUCUGUUGGCAAGCAUGCAUUUAGGGUGUUGUUUUGGUCUGUAGUUAACUUAUACAGUGUCUUCUUUAUACCACCGGUGAAAUCUUUCAGGGCCGAACAGCUGUCAGGUCUAUUGAAGGUUAUAACUCUUCUGACUUUCUCUGAUUUUUUUAGUCGCCAUUAAGACAUUCUGAAAUUUAAGAUCCAAGUUUUCAUUCUCUAGCAGUAACAUUUCUUGUUUCCCUACGUUGGUUUAGUGAGAGGGAACAUAUGAUAAAUUAUCGGGUACUUUUUAAUUAAGUGGCAGUUUGAGGCACUUUCAUCUUCAUCUUUUCAUUUGCACCAAAAUUAUAUCUGGUUGUAUUUCACAUCCCUAAAAAUGUCACAGUAGUUCUUUCAUACUAGUGCCUCAAACUAGUUAACAAGUUUCCGAUCUUUGAUUCAUAUCUGUCCCUUGUGUUGAGUGACAGUGACACCAAAAUAUGAAACACGCGUAUAAAUUUCACUUCAUACGUAAGAAAAAAAAUAUAAAAAAAUAAAGAAAAUGUAUAAAAAAAUGUAGAUUUUGUUUUUACACAUGGUUAUUUUUUUGUGGUUCACAUUAUACUUUCAUGCAUUAUACCAUUCCAACUGUUUACUUGGUUAUCUGGCAUUAGCUGGGCGGCCCGGCAUCACCGGUUUUCGUUUUUAUAAUCAUGUAGGUGAGGGAGUGGUUACAUUACCUUUUUUUUUGUCGUAAUGUAUGUCAUUAGAUUAAGUUUUGUAUCAUUGGAAAUAUUUUAUUUGUUUAGUACCCAUUUUAAGCAUUCAAGAAUCAAAUAUAUAUCCUGUUCAAUUAUUAUUCUUUGACUGAUGGUUUGGAGUUCACUAAUAAAUCCAACAUUACUCUACAACAA